AUGGCAUCAUCAAUUGCACAAAAUGGACAUGUUAAUGGAGAAGUUGUAGCCAUGGAAUUAUGCAAGAAAUCAAUUAAUGUUCAUGAUCCAUUGAAUUGGGAAAUGGCUGCUGAAUCUUUAAGAGGGAAUCAUUUGGAUGAAGUGAAAAAGAUGGUGGAUGAAUUUAGAAAGUCAAUUGUGAAACUUGGGGGUGAAACUUUGACAGUUGCACAAGUUGCAUCCAUUGCAAAUGCUGAUAACAAAAGUAAUGGGGUCAAAGUAGAACUUUCUGAAAGUGCAAGGGCUGGUGUGAAAGCUAGUAGUGAUUGGGUUAUGGAUAGUAUGAGUAAAGGGGUGGCUCUAAGGCUUGGCCAGUGA